CUGACUCAGUUUCACCAGAAACCUGAAGAGGAGGCCGAGCCCCAGCGCACCCGGCACCGGGGCGGAAGCGGCGGCCGGAGCCGCGCAGGAAGCCGGGGACCGGAACCUCUGCAGGCCCGGCCCCACCCCACUCACCUGCGCAGGUAACCCGGGCCCCGGAGCGCGAGGCGGGGACGGAGCGGGCUCGGAGCAUGUUCGGUCCUUUGUUCGGCGCUGCUGCGUGUGUCCGGAUCGCUAGCACCUUCGGAGCCCACAAGCCCGCGCAGUGAAGGUGACCCCCGUGGGGAGGAUGGCGACGGCCCAGGGGAGGAUGAUGGCCUGCGCCCGCCUCUCCCAGGCCCGCGUCCCAGCAUUCGCCGUGUGGCUCCUGUGCGCGCUCGAUCUCCUGGGCACCGAGGCUGGGCCGCCGCCCGCGCCCCCCGGGCUGCCCACGGGAGCCCCCUGCCUGGAGCGCUUUACCGCCGGGGUGCCUGCCUUCGUGCUCGAUACCGAGGCCUCGGUCAGCAACGGGGCCACCUUCCUGGGCUCCCCCACCGUGCGCCGCGGCUGGGACUGCGUGCGCGCCUGCUGCACCACCCAGAACUGCAACCUGGCGCUGGUGGAGCUGCAGCCCGACGGCGGCGAGGACGCCAUUGCAGCCUGCUUUCUAAUGAACUGCCUCUACGAGCAGAACUUCGUGUGCAAGUUCGCGCCCAGGGAGGGCUUCAUCAACUACCUCACGCGGGAGGUUUACCAGUCCUACCGCGAGCUGCGGACCCAGGGUUUUGGCGCGUCCCGGAUCCCCAAGGUCCGGGCAGGCAUAGACUUGAAGGUGCAGCCCCAGGAACCCUUGGUGCUGAAGGACAUGGAGAACACAGAUUGGUACCUACUACAGGGUGACACAGAUGUCAGAAUAGAGAAGAAUGAGCCGGACCAGGUGAAGCUGUGGGGACUCAAGGAAGGCACCUACGUGUUCCAGCUGACAGCGACCCAUUCCAACCAGCCAGAGGGCAUGACCAAUGUCACAGUUACUGUGCUAUCCCCCAAGCAGACAGAAGAAUAUUGCCUUGCAUCCAGCAAGGUGGGCCGCUGCCGCGGUUCCUUCCCCCGCUGGUACUACGAUCCCAAAGAACAGAUUUGCAAGAGUUUCGUUUACGGAGGUUGCUUGGGCAAUAAGAACAACUAUCUUCGGGAAGAGGAGUGCAAGCUAGCCUGCAGGGAUGUGCAAGGCCCCUCACUGGAAAGGCACGGUCCGGUGUGCUCUGGCACCUGUCACCCCGCCGAGUUCCGCUGCCGCAACGGCUGUUGCAUUGACAGCUUCCUGGAGUGUGACGACACUCCCGACUGCCCCGAUGCCUCCGACGAGGCCACCUGUGAGAAAUACACCAAUGGCUUCGAGGAGCUCCAGAACAUCCACUUCCGCAGUGACAAAGGGCACUGUGUGGACCUGCCAGACACAGGCCUCUGCCAGGAGAACAUUCCACGCUGGUACUACAACCCCUUCAGUGAACGCUGUGCCCGCUUUACCUAUGGUGGCUGCUACGGCAACAAGAACAACUUUGAGGAGGAGCAGCAGUGUCUUGCGUCCUGUCAUGGUGUCUCCAAGAAGGAUGUUUUUGGGCUCCGGCGGGAAACCCCAAUUACUAACAUAGGCUCUGUGGAAGUGGCCAUUGCGGUCCUCCUGGUCACCUGCAUCGUGGUGGUGACAGCCCUGUUGGGUUACUGCUUCUUCAAGGACCAGAGGAAGGGCCACCACAGAUACCGCCACCGCCGCCAACACCACCACCCUCAGCCCCCUACCCCUGCCAACUCUACGGUCUCCACCACAGAGGACACGGAGCACCUGGUCUAUAACCAUACCACCCGGCCCCUCUGAGCCUGGGGCUCUCGCAGCCUCUUUCCAGCUCUUGCCUGGCCCUGCUUCCUCCUCACCAAGAUGGAAGCCUGGGCCAGGGAAAAAUGCGGGACCAGACUCCUACAGCCUGGUUCCUAGGCCCACUCUGCUUCUGAGGCAGGGCUCUAGCCCCUCUGGGAGACAUCUCAACGAAGCUUAGGCCUCCCAUUCCUGACAAAGCUCCAGGGUCUAGGAGGAGCCGAAAACCUUUGAGCCAAGUCCCACACACAGAUGGACCUGUUUGCCUAGGAUUUCAGAAGAAGUUGGAGUUUUGUUUCUUGGUCACAGUGGCCUGUCCCCACCCUGUGGCAUUGGGAAGGGGCCUGUGGUAAUGUCAGAAACUGGAGACCCCCCCAAGCUCUCCCCUUCCCACUCUGCACAGACCAGGGCUAGGGUCAAGGACGUCCCUGUAUAUUUUUUGCUGUAAAGUUGCUUUUUUGUUUAUUUAAUGUCAUGGGGAUGGGUAAGAGGAGUAGAAAGAGGCUGCCUCUUCCCUUCCUCCAAGAAUGAGGCCUGGCCCCACCAGCCAGCAGCUGCUGUGUCCUCCCCACAUGCCCCAGGGCUCUCAGGCAUCACACCCCCACCCGCUCCCCUGCCUUCUACAGGCCCCAGUCCACCCACAGGGUAAUAAAAUGGUUGGUUCUGUGAG